AUGCUGUGGCGCGACCUGAAGGCAUGGCAGGUCUUCGGAGCCAAUACCAAUGUUGGCAAGACCAUUGUCUCGACGCUGCUGUGUCGGGCUCUACAGAACCCUGAGCGCCGGGUGCUGUAUUUGAAGCCCGUUUCUACUGGUCCCAAGGGGGAGGCAGAUGUAGGACAUGUUGACGCUUUUGUACCUGGAAUUGUUUCAAAGUACAUCUCGCAAUUCUCGCGCCCGUUGAGCCCUCAUCUGGCGGCUCAAUUGGACCAAGAUGAAACGAUACCCAGAUCAGACGCCUCAAUAUUGGCCAGAGCCAAAGCUAUUCUAACGGAGCACGUAGAGACAGGAGGCAGAUAUGCUUUCGUCGAGACUGCUGGUGGCGUCCUCUCACCUGGUCCUUCUGGCACUGUCCAAGCCGACCUAUACAGACCACUGAGACUGCCAACGAUUCUUGUCGGAGACAGCCAACUCGGAGGCAUCGCGACCACCAUAUCAGCCUUUGAAUCUUUGCAUGUCCGGGGCUACAACGUUGACUCGGUCGUACUAUUUGACGACCCAGAGUGGGGAAACUUCGACUAUCUCAACACGUAUUUCCGGAACCAUGGCAUCUCGACAUUUGCCUUGCCUAAACCACCUCGGAGGCAUCAAGACGUCGAAGAGGACAAGCGAGCACUUCUGACCUACUAUGGUGGAUGGUCGAAAUCGGGCGCCGCCGGAAACCUGCUCGACCUACUCAACCAAAAGCACUUCUCACGGAUCUCCAAGCUUACGUCGAUGCCUUCCCAGGCAGAAGCAGUGAUAUGGCAUCCGUUCCGUCAGCAUGGAAUACCCCACAACAUCAUCGCAAUUGAUUCGGCGUACAAAGACCAUUUUCAAACCUAUAACCAAGAGGCCGACCCGGCGCUCACGGAACGCCAGACCACUUCGACUUCUGGACUAACUCCACUGGCAGCACCGCCGACUCCGCGGUCCCUCCUUACACCCCUCUUCGAUGCAUCUGCGUCAUGGUGGACGCAGGGCCUCGGCCACGGUAAUCCAAAUGUUGCGCUGACAGCGGCCCACGCAGCCGGUCGCUACGGGCACGUCAUGUUCGCGCAUGCCGUCCACGAACCCGCCCUCGAUAUAUCCCACAACCUCCUGUCGACCCUGCAGAACCCACGCCUGAGCCGAGUCUUCUUCACUGACAACGGCAGCACAGGCAUGGAGGUCGCCGUGAAAAUGGCGUUGCGGGCCUCCAGCCAGCGGUACGGGUGGAGCAAAGACGACGGCAAUGGCAAGAAUCCCGUUGCGAUCUUGGGCUUGAAAGGGAGUUAUCACGGCGACACCAUCGGCGUGAUGAACUGCUCUGAGCCCAGUGUAUUCAACGAGAAGGUGGACUGGCAUCAGCCUUGGGGCCAUUGGUUUGAUCCGCCCUCUGUCCUUAUGCGGAAUGGCGUUUGGGAACUCACGAUGCCGGAUGAGAUGCACGCCGCGACCAGGACGCAACAGUUUGACUCUCUAAACUCCAUCUUCAACUUUGAUGCUCGGACAACCGACGCGAAGCGGUACGAAUCCCACAUCACCACGACCCUUGAACGUCUCGUCCGCGACCAAGGCAGGCGUUUCGGCGCCCUCAUACUUGAACCCAUCAUCAUGGGCGCAGGAGGCAUGAUCUUCGUUGACCCGCUCUUCCAAAGAACACUCAUCAAAACAAUCAGAGCCAGCCCUCACCUGAUCGCCGGCGGCGAGCCAACAAAGCAGUCCUCCGAAAACGCCGAGGAAGAGCAAGACCACGGUGGAAUGACCGACUGGUCCGGCCUCCCCAUCAUCGCCGAUGAGGUCUUCACGGGCCUCUAUCGCCUCGGCCGCGCCAGUUCGUCGUCUUUCCUUUCUUGCCCAUCCGACUUCAACCCGUCAGCAACAUUGCCAUCAUCAUCAACCCUUGAGACCUCCCAGCAGCCAGCUCUGCCCCCCUCCCUCGCACCCGACGUAUCGGUGCACGCCAAGCUCUUGACUGCAGGACUCCUGCCCCUCGCCCUCACCACGGCGAGCGAAUCAAUCUUCAAGACGUUCCUCUCAGAUUCUAAGACCGACGCCCUCCUACACGGCCAUUCUUACACGGCACAUCCGAUCGGGUGCAUGGUCGCCAACAAGGCGUUGGACGAGUAUCGACGUAUGGAUAUGGACCGGGACGGAGGCUGGAGCGGGUUCAAGCGAGCCUGGUCGGGUGACAAGAUUUUGUCCCCUCCAUCCUCGUCGUUGUCGUCCUUGCCAUCCAUGCCCGCCGACCGUCAGAAACAGAAACAGACGAAUCCACAGAUCUAUUCCUUCUUCUCCCGGUCUCUUCUCCAAGAGCUAUCCCACCAUCCCCGGCUCGCCGGGUGUUUCGCACUGGGCACAAUCCUCGUCCUCAAACUCGCCGAGCCUCAAGGUUCAGCGGGAGGCUACACUUCGACAGCCUCUGCGGAGCUGCAAUCGCGGCUUUUGACGUUGCUUGACGAGGACGGCUGUGGGAUCCAUUCACGUGUCUUAGGGGAUGUGAUCUACUUCAUGGCGAGUUUGACCACGACGGCGGAGCAAGUUGAACGGUUGGGAAGGACGCUGUUGAGGGCUUUGGAUAUGGAGCCCUGA